AGGCCCCACCGAACUGAACUCUGGGACUGGAGUAAAGAACCAGCAUGAGAACAGGGAUUCACCUGCUCCUCCCCAGGCUCAGUGUCCAGCUCAGACCCUGCGUCUCCCCUUUCUUUUCAUUCAUGUUUCUUUCCUACACCCUCGCUGUCAGACUAGACUGGCAGCCACCCAGUCUGUCUUAAGUGCCUUGAAAUGUGUUGAAUGGAUGUGGCAUAGUCCUUGGCAGAGUGACACUACUCCACAGGAAUUUGUUUAUUCCUUGGUGUAGGACAUAGCAGGUAAUGAGUAUGACUGAUAAUCUAAGAUGUUGUUUAUUACUGGAUAAAGGAAUGUUACUGUUACAUUUGCAUAUACACUCCCAAACCGAUUCUUUAAAAUAAGGACCAGAUCUGGCCUCUCCAUAUCAGAGAUCCUAAAGGGAGAAGACAAGGUGAGCUCCAGGAACCAGAACUUGAGGAUCCUUGGCUCAGGUCCUGCCCUUCAUCCCAGGCUCCUGUUGAGUCAUUUCAUCACGUUAAAAAUGUCAUUUUUGGAGGACUCAGGAGUGAAGAUGGAAUCUGAAGACUGGGAAAGAGAUGAGCCCCAUGGCUGCUCAGAAGACUUGGCCAGAAGUCCCCUGGAGCCAGGCCCAAGCCUCACUUCCAUAAGCUCUGCCCACUCAUGUCCAAAAGUGAAAGUCUCAUACCCAGAGAAAUUCAGCAUUCAUGACCGAGAUCACAAAGUAUUGGUCCUGGACUGCGACACCCUCAGAGCAGUUCCAUUUAAAACCUACAUACGCCCAGAGAUGUUCUUUGUCUUGGCCUCCUCCCUGAGCUCAGCCUCUAAGGAGAAAGGAAGUCCAAUUCUUUUGGCAGUCUGUAAAGGAGAGCUUUGUCUCUGCUGUGAGAAGGACAGAAGACAAAGCCAACCAUCUCUUCAGCUGAAGAAGAAGAAACUUACCAACCUGGCUGCCCAGAAGGAAUCAGCACGUCAGCCCUUCAUCUUUUAUAGGACUAAGGUGGGCUCCCAGAACAGAUUGGAGUCAGCUGCCCAUCCUGGAUGGUUUAUUUGUACCUCCCGCAAUUCUGGUGAACCUGUUGGAGUGACAAAUGUUCUUGGAAAAAGGAAACACACUGAGUUUUCAUUUCACAGAGCUGAAACAAGUCCCAGUGAGGUUAGCGGGUAGGAAAUUGCCCCAUCAAAUGCCUUCUUGUGCUUUCCUUUCUAACUCAGACCAAUUAUAGAAGGAUACAGAAUAUACUUACUCUUACAGAAUAUACUUACUCUUUCAUCUCUCAUCAGUACUUUGAGAAUUUGUGUCUUUAGGUCAAAAUAAGAAAGAAGGAUUAAUUAAAGAGUUUUAGAUGAAAUAAAAUUCUGGUUGGAAUGAU